AUGGCUGAAUCUUAUUUGGUGCUAAGAUAUGAAGUGAUAAUAUUUUACUUCAUUGAGAUUCUUAAAAUAAAGCUUUUUGAUGUAAAACUUCUUUCGGAAAGAUUUCAACUUCUUCUUCUUCCAUUAAGUGUUGAAUUGCUUGCCGUUUCUAUUUUUGUUCUGGUUCUGUCUUUACUUUCAUUGAGUGAUGAACUAACAAUUGACUGUCAAUACUCUGUAAGAAGUCAUUGGACAGUUACCAACGUUUAUCAGUGCACUGGAAGAAUUAAUUUUAUUGGUGAUCCACAAAACAUUACAGCUGUAACUGAUAAUCAUACAGGAAGAAACAACAGUGACGUCUUGGGAUUAGUUAUUCAAAAUCAAAUCACAGGAUUUAUACCUAAAAAUAUCGAUCAGUUCUUUCCAAAUCUUAUCUCUUUGAGUUUCAUAGGGACAGGAAUUGAAAGUUUAUAUUCAUCCGAUUUGAAAGUUUUCCCAAAUUUGACGCAAAUUGAUUUCACCAACAAUUUAAUUCGUCAACUUAAUUUUCACGUUUUUGAUGAAAAUUUGGCAUUGAUGGCUAUCAAUUUCCAAUCAAAUCCAUUGGUUCAUAUAGGCCAUGGUGUAUUUGAUGUCUUAAAUCGUCUGGUUUCAAUUAACACUGUAGGAACUUGUCAUUCAAUAAGGACUGUUUUGUUUGAGAUUCCCAAUUUCUAUCAAUUCUGCCCAGCAUCAUUCCCAAUGAUUGAAACAGAAAUACUCACUGGAGAAAAUUUCGAUAAAGCAGUUGAUAAAAAAAUAAGUCGUUCAUUAUCGGAUUUCUAUGCAGAAAAAAAAGAUGAAGAUGAUAGUCUUAUUGUGAGUGAACCAAGAAAGUAA